CAAGCGACUUGUUCAGUUUGGCUUUUGGCUCAGUAGGCAGCAGAACGCACAUCGACUAACAAGCAGUAGAAGCAGUAGCAGCAGCAGCAGCAGCAGCAGCAUUAUGGCCGAUAUUUCCAAGGACGAGCUUCGUAAAGAGAUCACCGCGAUUCUCAAGGAUGCUGAUCUGACAACAAUGUCAGCCAAAAAAGUCCGUCAACAAAUUGAGGAAAAACUUGAUAUCGAUCUCUCUGAAAGGAAAAAGGAAGUGGAUGAUCUUGUAAUGGAGCACCUUCAGGAAAAACAGGAUGGUGGGAAAAAAAAGAAGAAGGCUGCCAGUGAAGAAUCUGAGGAUGGGGAGGAGGAGGAAGAAGAAGGAUCAGAGGAAGAGGAGGAAGAAGAGGAGAAGAAACCAGCAAAACGAGGCCCACCAAAAAAAACAGUUGCUAAACGUAAGAAGAAUUCAUCAGACGAUGAGGAUAGUGCCAGCGAUGACGAUGCAAGUGAUGAGGAGUACAGUCCAAAAAAAAUAGCAAAGACCUCCGCAAAAAAAGGAAAGCCAGGCAAGAAGGGAAAGAAGAAGGGCAGUGACAGUGACAGUGAUGAAGAUUGGGGCAAGUCGAAAAAAGCUACUGGUGGAGCAAAAAAAGGAGGUGGUAAGGGCAAAGGUGGUUAUACUCGAGCAAUUACACUAUCACCUGAACUGGCUGCAGUGGUUGGUGCUGACCAGAUGGCUCGACAUGAAGUUGUUAAAAAAGUGUGGAGUAUCAUCAAGGAGAGGAAUCUUUAUGACCCUAAAAAUAAACAGUUUGCCAUUUGUGAUGAGGAACUCAUGAAGGUUAUUGGAGUAAAGCGUUUCAGAACCUUUGGUAUGAUGAAAUAUCUCAAAAAUCACUUUGUAGAUUAAACAGCCGACAAUUCAACUCAUUUAAUAAUCGAAGAAAAAAAAAUCCCCCUGAAUCGUCCUAAUGUCCGACAAGUUAUAAACAUUUAUACAUAAACAUUAAUUUCAAGUGACUAAGAGGUUUUAUAGUGUAAAUUAAGCCGGAAAAGAAGAAAAAAAAAAUCAAUUCCACACUUCUUUCCGUUUCUUUUACAAACAACACUUUUAGACUGUAGUACGCAAAAUAAUCGGAAAAACGGACGAGAGAAAAGGAAGAAAAGUGCAAAAAAAAUGAGCCCAAUUUUUACAUAUUAUUUUAUUUUUAUUUUUUCAUUUUCUCCAUAAAAAAGAAAAUACAUGCUCUUUCAAAGUUAAUAUUUUCUUUAAUGGGCAUUCGAUUGUUUUCAACUUUUUUUGCUCCCUCUAUGAGAAAUAAUGAUAAAAUAAAUAGUAAUAUUAUUAAUAAUAAUAAUAAUAAUAAUAAUUAUAAUUAUAAUAGUAUGAGAACAUGAUGAAGAAAGGAAGAUACAUCAGGAUUAAUCAUUGAUUUUUUUUUCCAUUCUAUUUUAUUAUAUUUUUCUUUCCAUAUUCCUUGAAAAACUUUUAAUGAUUGUCAAAUGCUGAAUCCCCUAUUGGCAUUCCAUGAUUUCCACAAACUUGAUUCUAAUUUGAUAAAGUUUAAAUUUUUCCUGUCAUUGUUUUUUGUUUUGUUUUUUUUUGUCCAAUUAUUUUUUCCAAUAUGUAUACAGUGCACCAAUAUAAUCAUUAAUGACUAUUGUUUAUUUUAUUUUACUUAAAACAAAUAAAACUGAAAUAAUUACAUAAUUACCAUGAUAAUGACUGAAAGCGACAUUCAGUAAAUUAAAGAGUUGGUGAAAAGUCUGGAAUGAACCAAUUAAGGCAAGCAUAACAUACACAUCCUUGAAUAUUGUGUACCUUUCCCGUAUAAUAGUACAUUAUACGCAAUAAAACAAAAGCUGAAACGAUGAGAAAUUAUCUUUGAAUAAGGGAGAGAAACAAACACACUAAGAAAGAUUUUAAAAGGAAAAACUUGAUUGUAUUGAAACGUGUAAUUAAUUAAUUGUCGUGUUCUGUAGUCAUUUUUUGGUGUAAAAAAAAUUGACCUAAUCUUUAAGGUAUACCGGACAAAAAUUAUUAAGUGAUUGUAUUGAAGUAAAUCGCAUAAAUCAUAAAAUGGAAAAAUUCAACUUGUAUUUUAGAAAAGAGUUGUUUUUUCCAAUGUCGUAGGGCUGAUUCGAAUAAACUUUACUUGAAAUCUACAAGUGUAGAAUGUAAUUGAUGAUAAAUGCAAACCAGAAGAAAAAAAACGAAAGUUUCUAAUUAUCAAGUCCCAUUUAUUUAAUUUUCUCAGCCUUCUAUCCAAUUAUGUAGCUUAUAAAUGACAAUGUCUUUAUAAAUAGGUACUACUACUGGGAUUUCUCCACAUUUAUCUUUGAUAACUGCUUCGCUGCUUUAAUGAUGUUUAUAUGUUUGUAUAGAUAUGGUUUUCAAUUCUGAUGCUUGAAUUUUUCUUGACCUCUUGAAAUGACAAAUACUUGUUUGAGUACUUUUCGUAACACAAUCCAAAACGUUUGCCUUCCGAAUGAAAAAAUAAAAAUCAUUGGGCAAUCAACGCUAAUAUAAAUUUGUCAAAUUAAAAAACAUGAUUGCAGUAACUACUUUACCAAUUUCAAGGCUUUUUUUUUAUAUUUCCAAAUACUAUGGUGAUAUUUUGGGCUGAUUAUUGGAGUGAAACAAUGAACAUCUGUUUGACAAGUCUGAUUCUGUUGUUUUUUCAACGUGUGCUCUGUAUCAAGAAAUCUAAUAUGGAAAUAAAAUUCCAGCAGAUAAUUUUAA